GAGAAUUUCAGUGUUUUUUUCUACACGCGGAUGAAUAAAAGAAAUUCUAAACAAUUUAAUUAAAAGUCAAUGUAAAAUGUCGUUAAACAUUAGUGAAAAGAGUUAUGCUGUGGAAGCACGUUAUGCCAAUUUCUAUGCUGGUGGCGAUGUAGCCUGGAGUAAAGAUGGCAAAUGGAUUUAUUGCUUAAAUGGCAGCGAAGUGACAAAAGUUGAAGUGGAAAAUGGUUUAGUAUCACGCUCCUAUGGCUUAAAUUACAAUGAACAGGGCGAGAAAAUUUCCAGUGAAGAGGAGGAAGAAACUGAUGAUCAAAUUUAUUGUUUUGAUUUAUCGCCAACCCAAGAAUAUAUGGUUACGGUGCACCGUAGCAGCUUGUUAAGACUGUGGCAUUUGUCUUCAGGAAAAGUGGAGAAGUUGUGGAAAAGUCAACAUCGUGGUCCAGUUGUUAAAGUUGUAUUUAAUGCGGACGGACGCUUGGUAUGUACUAGUGGAGCCGAUUCAACUUUGAGAGUCUGGGAUUACGAAAACAGUAGAUGCUUGGCGGUUUUAAAAGAUUUCACCGGACCUUCGGUACUAUUGCAAUUCCAUCCUAAUACCUCAAAAUUGGAAAUAUUUGCUGCUGGUUCAGAUAAUUGCAUAUAUAAAUGGAAUUAUGAGACCAAAACAGUGGAAGCCAAAAUGAAAGGACAUUUAUCACAAGUAACAGGCUUUGCUUUUGCCGAUCAAACAGCCGAUUGUGAAUUUGUAGCCAGCGCCAGUCGUGACAAAGUAUUGAUAGUUUGGCGCUUGCAGGAUGGCAAACAAAUGAAAGUAAUACCCAUGUAUGAAGAGUUGGUGGGAGUAGUAUACAAAGAUAACGAAACAAUUAUAGUGGCAGGAGCUAAGGGCAAUUUAAAACAGAUUUCCAGCAAAACCAGUAAAAUAUCUACCCUUUUAGAGUGCCAAGAGGAAGAGUACCAAAUCACCACGUUAAUGAUUAAUAUCACUAACAAGCAGUUGGCAUUUGUCACCGCAGACCAUAACAUAUUAAUUUUUGAUAUAAAGUCCAAAGACAAAGUGGACAGUUUUAAGCAAUUGAUAGGUUUCAAUGAUGAAAUUCUUGAUGUAUGUUUUCUGGGAGAAUCUGAAGAGUUUCUGGCCAUGGCCACCAAUAGCAAACAUAUAAAGUUAUACGAUAUAGGCAACCAUAUGAAUUGUAAUAUUGUAACGGGUCACAAGGAUACCGUAAUGUCACUGUCCACACCCGGUUCCAGUAAAUUGCUAUUAUCGGCUGGCAAAGAUUUCACCAUAUGUCUGUGGCAAUUGGACAAUGAAAAUGCCAAUUUAAUAUGCUUGGCCAAACAUAUAAAUAGCCAUACAGCUACCAUAGGCUGCAUAAGUUUUGCUUACCACUGCGACAAUGCCUUUGCCUCGGUUUGCCAGAGUGGCAGCUUAAAGGUGUGGACUUUGAAAGGCAAAUCAAAACAAAAUGACGAUUAUCAAUUUUCGGUGAAAUAUGCUGCUGCUGCUCAUGACAAAGAAGUCAACUGUGUUGCAUUUUCUCCCAAUAACAAGAUCAUAGCUACAGCAUCUCAAGAUAAAACUGCCAAAUUAUGGUCAGCCGAUAGCCACAGCAUUUUGGGCUCUUUGAAGGGCCAUACACGCGGUGUUUGGUGUGUUCGUUUCUCGCCCACCGAUCAAAUUCUCUUGACUACUUCAUCUGAUUGCAGCUUACGUCUGUGGUCAUUAUCCAAUCUUACUUGUCUUAAGCGUCUAGAGCAAUCAGCCACCGUAUUGAGAGCCGAAUUUAUAGAUCAUGGCAAAUAUAUUCUAUCCUCCGGUUCGGAUGGUCUUCUCAAACUCUGGAACAUCAAAACCAACACCUGCAUACAAACCUUGGAUGAGCAUGACGAUCGUGUUUGGUCUUUAGCCGUUUCCUCAAAAACACAAAAAUAUUUCUUCAGUGCCGCCGCCGAUUCUAAACUUAUCAAAUGGAGGGACGUAACAGAAGAAUGUAAAAAUACUGAAAUUGAUAACCGCCAAGAAAUGCUGCAGCAAGAACAAGCUUUGCAGCUGCUACUACAUCAAAAUAAUCAAUUGAAAAAGGCUUUUAAAUUGGCUCUUAAAUUAGGUAAACCUAAAGUUUCCUACAAUAUACUAAAUCAGUAUGUCAGACGACGUGAUUUUAAGGCAAUAGAAGAAAUGAUAUCCAAUUUAAAUAAUGAUCAAAAGAUAACGCUCUUGGAUCAUGUUAAGGUGUGGAGUUGUAAUUCCCGCCACUCACAGGUCUCCAGUUUGGUAUUGCAGCAAUUGUUAGCGGAAAUGUUGGUGGAACCAAAAAUGCAACGCACUUUAAAUUCCAAAAAUCUGGUUGAAGUUGUUACACCCUAUGUGCAGCGUCAUUUUAAACGUAUUACAGAAUUAAGUAAAGAAUUAAAUUUUUUGGAUUUUAUUGUUGAGAGUAUAUAAAUUAAAAUAAAUAUAUUUUUAUAUUUAAACAAAAAAAAA